AUGCCUGGUCUAAAGGUUUUUUGGAUUUAUUUCUUUUUUAAUGUUCUGGAACAGAAAAGGGAGGCCCCUGCUGGCGAGAAGCCUGAACCAGUCCGAACACACUUAAGAAACAUGAUCAUUGUACCUGAAAUGAUCGGAAGCAUCAUUGGAGAGUACAAUGGCAAGACAUUCAAUCAGGUUGAAAUCAAGCCUGAAAUGAUUGGGCAUUAUCUUGCCGAGUUCUCAAUCUCAUACAAGUCUGUCAAGCAUGGUAGGCCUGGUAUUGGUGCUACCCAUUCCUCUAGGUUCAUUCCUCUCAAGUGAGAUGUUUUGCAGCAGCUAGGAUACUCCAGUUCUUUCCUAUCUUUUGAUGACAUCUGAGGUGGUCAAAUUUUUGUCGAUUUAGUUGAUUAAUGGCGUCAUUUUGUGUUUCCAUUUAUAGGUCUAGAGAAUUUCACUCGUUUAUCCGGGUUAGAGAGAUGAUUCAGGAUGGUUUAUUAUAAUAUUUUAUAUUAGCUUAAACAUGUUUUUGGA